AAAAAAUUUAAGUGAAACCUACGGUUCCUAAAAGGAUCAUUGACUCAAAAUUACAUCGGACUAAUUUUUAUUUCAUCGGCGUUGAUCCUCUUUUCCAUUUCUUCACUUCUCCAACAUCAUGUCAAACGACGCCGUUUCGUUUCUAUUCCUCAUCACAAUCUUCUUCGGUUGCUUUCUCUCCACUGACUCCUACUCCGAAAUCCUUCUCCCAACUCAACUCCACCGUAUCUCAUCACCGGUCACUUGUCCCGCGCCGGACCCUAAUCUCUACUACCAGCCGGUCAUCGGAAUUGUCAGCCAUCCCGGCGACGGCGCCUCCGGUCGACUCAGUAAUGCUACUGACGCUUCUUACAUCGCUGCUUCGUAUGUUAAAUUCGUUGAAGCUGCCGGUGCUAGAGUUGUUCCCCUCAUUUAUACCGAGCCAGAGGAGAUACUUCUCAAGAAGCUCGAAUUGGUAAAUGGGGUUCUCUUCACUGGUGGAUGGGCUAAAGAUGGGUUAUAUUUUGAAACUGUUAGAAGAAUAUUUAAGAAAGUUUUAGAGAAAAAUGACGCUGGAGACUACUUCCCAUUAUAUGCCACCUGUUUAGGCUUUGAACUUAUAUCAAUGAUUAUAAGCGAGGACAAUAAUAUUCUUGAAGAAUUUAGUGCAAGAAAUCAGGCAAGUAGCCUUCAAUUUGUGAAGAAUGCCUAUAUAGAAGGAUCUGUAUUUCAGAGGUUUCCUCCAGACUUGUUAAAGAAGUUGAGUACAGAUUGUCUUAUCAUGCAAAAUCAUCGUUAUGGCAUCUCCCCAGCAAAGCUCCUGGGCAAUAAAAAAUUAGCCAGUUUUUUUGAGAUCUUGACAACUUGCAAUGAUGAAGAUAACAAGGUUUAUGUUUCCACAGUACGUUCACGUAACUAUCCGGUGACUGGCUUCCAAUGGCAUCCAGAGAAAAAUGCUUUCGAAUGGGGCACACCAAGUAUUCCACACACGGAGGAUGCCAUUCGGACAACUCAGUAUGUAGCAAAUUUUUUAGUCAGUGAAGCGAGGAAAUCCUCAAAGAGACCUGUAGCUCAGGAAUUGCGAGACAAUCUCAUUUACAAUUACAGACCCACUUAUUGUGGGAAGGCAGGGAAAGGAUUCGAUGAAGUUUAUAUAUUUGAAUAAGUCUAAAUGCUGAAUAUAUCAUUGUGCACGAUAAUCCGGCAUAUGAUUGUAUAAUUGUAUUGGUGUUGAGUGAGUUUGGACGCACAUCAAACCGGAGCUCAAAUUUGUUGUUUUCCUGUUGAGCGUGCAUCCGAACACAUGAAAACUGGUAAAUAUUGUAUACACAAGUCUGUAUCCAUUAUUUUGUACAAUAAUUGUUGUAUGAUAACAUUGUACCAUAUAGGUUCAGCAUUACCCCUUUGUAUCCUGUUAUUGGCUUAGUUUUUGGCCUCUGUUAAUGCAUGGCUGAAGAUAGCUUGUAGGGGAUUAAGCAACUUUUUAAUAACAUGGUGUAUUUUUUAGGACUGUUUUAGUGUUGAA